AUGAAUAUAUUGCUCAAAUAUAUCCUCCUUUUUCCGUCAUUGGCCACAUUGACACCUCUAAUAAGCAGGACCAUGGGUUGCAUUCAGAGCAUCGCCUGCAAGCCCCGUAUCCGACGGGAGAACAUAGUGGUCUAUGAGGUCUCAGCCUCCAUUGACCAAUGCCCGACCAUCAUUGAGGAGAAUUCGCCCAUUGUCCUGCGAUACAAGACCCCGUACUUCAGAGCAUCGGCCGGGGUCGUGAUGCCCCCGGUCCCCAGAAACGAAACAUGGACCGUGGGCUGGAUUCAGGCGUGCACCCAAAUGGAGUUCUUCAAUACAUAUGGUGAUAUUGGCAUGUCCAGCUGGGAAUUACCUGAGCUUCGAGAAGGACGGGUGAAGGCCAUAAGCGAUUCUGACGGCGUCAGUUAUCCCUGGUACGGUAACACCACCGAAACAGUGACCCUCUCAGGCCCCACGUCCAAGCCGUCCCGGCUAACGGUGAGUAUGAACGACAACUUCUACCCCAGCGUGACUUGGGCGGUGCCCAUCAGCAACAGCAACACGCCCAUGCUCACGCACAUCACCAGAGACCAGAGCUUCAUCACCUGGCUGGUGGCGCUAAACGCAGACACCAAAGAGCGUAUCGUUCUUCAGACGGUGCGCUGGCGUAUGCGUGUAGACAUUGAGGUGGAUCCUUCCAUGCCGCUUGGUUCUCGUGCCAAACUGAUGGGACGGCAGCACCAGGAACAGCCGCACAUUCUCAGCAACAACGAGCCCAUCCCGCCCAAUGCUCUGGGCAGGCCCAAUGCCAACGAUGCCCAGGUGCUAAUGUGGAGGCCCAGGAGAGGACAACCUCUGGUAGUGAUACCACCCAAAUAGGGGUGUCUUUACAGUGCCUAUGGGACAUUGAAGACUGCAUGCACUGUUUGGCCUUUGUGGAUUCCCAGUUUUGUUGGGUUUCUCAGUUGCUCUGAACUAGUCAGUCGAGAAGGGAAGUCUCUGCGUGCACCAUGAGGUUUAACUACCUUUACUUGGUCAGACAGCAAAUGAUCAAGAGAAACUAGUACUACAUGAACCCACUAGGUUUAAGGAAUAAUCCGCAGAGAAAAAUGAAAAUGUACUAACCCUCGUGUUUUCUAUUUUCUUUGUUCUGCAGAACACAAAAGAAGAUUUGCGACCCUGCAUCGCUAAACUAGUCAUAAGGGUCAAUGUUUUGAAAUUGAGAUUUAUACAUCAUCUGAAAGCUGAAUAAAUAAUGUUUUCCAUUGAUGUAUGGUUUGUUAGGAUCAGACAAUAUUUGGCUGAGAUACAACUAUUUAAAAAUCUGGAAUCUGAGGGUGAAGAAAAAUCUAAAUAUUUAGAAAAUCACCUUUGAAGUUGUCCAAAUGAAAUUCUUAGCAAUGCAUAUUACAAAUCAAAAAUUAAGUUUUGAUAUUUUCAUGGUAGGAAAUUCACAAAAUAUGUUCAUGCAACAUGUUCUUUACUUAAAAUCCUAAUGAUUUUUGGCAUAAAAGAAAAAUCUAUCAUUUCGACCCAUACAGUGUUUUUUUUUUGGCUAUUGCUACAAAUAUACCAGUGCUACUUAUGACUGCUUUUGUGCUCCAGGGUCACAUGUUUUGUAGAAUGUUUCAGCUGUUUUUGUCCAUACAAUUAAAGCCAAUGGGGUCCAAACAUUAUGUAGCGACAGUGCAACUCGACUGGUAUCUUUCAAGUCCUCCAGAGCAAUGUGAUCGUUUUAAAUUAAAAUUUAAAAUCAUUGAUUAACGCAUGCAUACGCAGACUACAUUAAAUAUGGCGAACGUCAACGAAAGUCAUACCACACUGGUUCCUGCAAGUCAUGUCUUAAUAUGGACAAAACACAGCAGAAUACAUUCUUCAGUUGUGUUUCAUAGAAGAAAGAUAGUCAAACAGAUUUAGAAUGACGUGAGGGUAAGAAAAUGAUGACAGAAUGUUAAUUUUUCAGUGAACUAUCCCUUUUGGAAAACCCUUAGUGGUAAUAUAUUUACAAUUAUUACUAAGAGUAUUAUGUUAAAGUUUUUUUUUUUUUUUUUUUUUUUGCAACAAGGCCCUAAAAUUUCAGGCCGGAUGUUAUAUAAUGCAUGAAAAAGAUUGAAUGUUUGGUCCCAUACAACACAAAGUGAAUCCAGUGACAUUAAAAGAUCCAAGGGAGGUCACCAAAAGUCCAGUUGGAAAUGUACACUUUUGUUUUAUAGGACAACUAGCAAAACUCUUUGAAACUUCUUUCAGUCGAUUGAGACUUGUGACUUUAUUUCAAAUGCUAGCAAUUAUCUUUUACGAAAGAUAGAAAAAGACCGCAGAGUGCAUGAAGACAGCCGCCCGUUGAGGUGGAGAGUAUUUAGGAAUGUCGAUGAUGCAUUGGGGCUGUUCAUCCAAUCAGACACAUCCUGGCACUGACGAGUCGAUAGGAGUUUGUUUAUGCUCGCACAUGAGUCCGUUUGAGUUUACGCAGUGGGGGCUGCACCAUAGGCAUUCACCAGAUUAGUCACAUGCCAUACACACUCCAUCUGUGCCAUUCCACGUCCCUGUCUCACUCCGUCCUCUCCCACUGAGACUCCUUGUGUAAGUAUGACACAGACGAAAUUGAGUUUCCAUUACAAAUGUCAGGUUUACCUGUCAAGGGAUAAAACGUAAACCCCAAAAUGACAAUUCAUUACCCACCUUUGUGUCGUUCCAGACUUGCAUGUUUUUUUUUUUGUUGGACAAAAAGAUAUUUUUAGGACUGCUUUGUCCAUGCAGUGAAUUUUCAAAACAACAAACAAAACAUCCUUGACUUUUUCUGAAAACUAUGUAACUAUGUAAAAUCAUAUCCCUAAUUGCUGUAGAUUUUGGACUUACUUUCAAAAUAAUGCUUUUGCUAAUAAAAAAGAAAUUAUACAGGGCUGUUAAAAUAUAAAAAAAGGAACAAUAACAAAAAUAAAUAUUCUGCCUGCUGUCUUGGCACGCAAUGCAAACGAAUAUUUAAAUAAAGAUUUAUAUUAAGAUAGCAGAUGUUUUUUUACAAAGAAGGCUCAAGGAAAUCAAUGUGAAAAACAUAUAUAUAUA